AUGACCGUUGAAAGAAUUCCUAUUUGGUUGGACUGCGAUCCAGGCCACGAUGAUGUGGUUGCCAUUCUUGUCGCUGUUUUUCAUCCAAAGCUCGAGCUUCUUGGUAUCUCUACGGUCUACGGAAACACCUCGUUGGAAAACACCACGGCUAAUGCUCUUGCCAUCCUUACCGCUAUUGGCCGAACGGAUAUCCCCGUCCACGUUGGGGCUGCCCAGCCGUUGGUAAAGACAGUUUCGCAUGCCCAGGAAAUCCACGGCGAAUCGGGUUUAGACGGGUCUUCUCUUGUUCCUUUGCCGGCCACCACUGCUUCUCUGAUUCCUGCUAUUGAAGCGAUGAAAACCGCUGUUGAGACUCAUCCGGGAAUGUCUAUCGUCGCUACCGGUACGUUAACCAACAUGGCCCAGCUCUACGCUGCUUAUCCGCACCUUAAGCCCCUCAUUCGGUACGUUUCCAUCAUGGGAGGUGGGAUCAACAUAGGAAACAAGUCUAAGUACGCCGAGUUCAACAUUGUCUGUGACCCUGAGGCUGCCUUGCAAGUUCUCACUGAUGCCGAGAUGGCCCCAAAGACCAUCCUCAUUCCGUUAAACUUGACCCACCAGGCGAUUUGCACUAAGAAGGUGCGGGUCGGGUUGUAUGACCCAUCCAACCCUUCGAAGAGCUCUCCGUUGCGCCAAAUGUUUUCCGAACUUAUGAUGUUUUUUGCAAUCACCUGUGAGACCCAGGGCUUUAUGGAUGGUCCACCGGUCCACGAUCCAGUGGCGGUGUACGUGUUGUUAGCCAUGUACGGUGAGGCAGGUCUUGGGUUUGAGUACACCAGCUACGACUUGACGGUGCCUUUGGAAGGCGAAAGAGAGGGUGAAACCGCGGUGGUGAAGGAGGACCCCCAAGGGGUCAAGGUGGGUUUGGGAUUGAAUAUCGAAAAAUUCUGGAACGCCUUCUUACAAUGUAUGGAAUUGGCUGAUGUUAAUGCUCCGCUUAACCGGAAGUAA